AUGUUUUGCGAGCUGAAGGCAAUUGAAUCGAAUAAGAAUGGUAAAACUAGCAGCAUGUCAAAAGUCAAACUCACUGCAGCGGACGUCUACCUGAACAAGCUUUCUUUGCUGGAGGAUCAGAAGUUUACGGACGUCAUCUUGUCAUGUGGGAAAAACGAAUUCAAGGCGCACAAAGCCAUUCUGGUCGCUCACAGUACCGUAUUUAGGGCCAUGUUCAAUUCCGACAUGAAGGAACGCUCGGCUAACCGUGUAGAAAUCGACGAUUUGGAUUACGAAGUGGUCGAACAAAUGCUCCACUUCAUUUACACGGACAGAACUCCUAAGGUGAAUCUGAUGGCGGAUCGGCUACUGGGAGCAGCCGAUAAGUACGACCUGGUCGGGCUCAAGAUGAUCUGCGAACAGGCUCUAUGUGAACAACUGUCGGUAGAUAAUGCAUUGCAGAUGCUGGCGUUGGCCAAUCGGUACAAUGCCGAUCAUUUGAACUCCAAUGCCAAAGAAUUCGUUGCGAAUAACAUAAGAAGCGUGAUGCUCAGGGACGAUUGGCAUGAUAAGAUUGCGAAUUUUUCGCAAACGGCAUCAGUACUAAAAGAUGGAAAAUAG